AUGGCUCUUUCGCUCGAUUAUCAGAGUGAUAACCGUAGGACCUCCCUACAAGGCGGUUCAACGCUGGAUUCUAGCCAUAAACCAGCUCAAAAACGACAUAGUUUUGAAAUGUCACCAAAUAUUGAGAAUGGUAGUCUCAAACCUCUCAACGCCUAUUCAACUUUUGUGGAAGCUAAAGAACGAAACUCCAUUGUAAUCGACUGUACUCAAUUUCUGGGUAUGGAGUUUAAGGACAAAUAUUUACUCAAAAUACUGCGCGAACAAUUUCCUAAAUGCCUUGGCCUCAAACCUACUACUCAAGACACCAGAGAUGAUUCCUGA